CAGAAACGGAUAAGGUGAGGAAAUCGGUGGGGGCGGCGGAAACAUUGAAAGGCGUUUCAGAGUCACCAUGUUUUACGACGCGUGUCUCUUUUUCAGCCGGUUUUCUUCUCGCUGGUUACAUCAGAGCUUCGGAGAUAUUAUAUAACUCAACGACGUAGCUGUUGCAUUUUUUGUUUUUGCAAUGAUCUUCAUCUUCAUGACCGGAUAAACUCUUAGAGAAAGAUUCAAAGUGAUUAUCUUUGUGGAUCCCUCCAUUGCUAUGUGGAAUUUAGCUUCAAAAUCGAUCAGAGAAGGUUUUAUAUCGAAGGGAGAAGAAGCUGCUACAAAACCAAGAAGAGCUACUUUAGAUAGAUCAGGAGAUGGAAGAAAGACAACAAAGGAAGAAAAAUUGGAGUGUCCCAUUUGCUGGGAAUCAUUCAACGUUGUUGAGAAUGUACCUUAUGUCUUAUGGUGUGGUCAUACAAUCUGCAAGUACUGUCUCUUAGGGCUUCAACGUGCCAUUGUCAUCAAAUCCUCUGCUUUACCAUUCCAGCUUCCCUUCUUCGUUGCUUGCCCUUGGUGCAAUAUUCUCUCUUUAAGGCUGGUUUGCAAUGGAACCAUCAGAUUUCCUUCCAAGAACUUUUACCUUCUGUGGAUGGUAGAAAGCAUGAAUGGCUCCAGAUCGGAGGCACCCAGCGACAACAAAAGGGUUGCUUCAGGGCAGAGAGACUUGAGAAAUAGGUGUGAUGGAGUGAGUAAUACCGCCUUGGGUGAUGAAGGGUUGCUGGACAAUCGCAGCUGGUGGAAUGGUGUGACCAGAGGAUUCUUCAGAACUGGGAGGCUCCAUGACUCGGUACGUAAGUCAAUGGCUCUUGUUGCUCAUUUGUUGGCUAAGUUUCCUCUGGUAGUCAUAUUCCUGUUGAUGGCUUUAUAUGCAAUCCCUGUGAGUGCUGCAGUUCUCGGGGUUUAUUUCUUUGUUACGUUUGCUUUGGCUGUCCCGUCGUUUCUCGUCCUUUAUUUUGCCUUCCCGAGCUUAAACUGGCUGAUCAGAGAGAUUGCAACCUGACUCAUUGUACUGUUUCUUUCUUCCUGUAUGUUUCCUGACUUGUAAGAAACACGAGAUAGAGCCAACGUUGUUUACACUCAAUAUAGACAAGAAGAAGAGAAGAUCUUUAUUUUC